AUGAACGCUCUGAAGACCUUCGUGUUCCUCGGCCUCGUGGCCACCUCUAUGGCCGGCCAGGUCGGCUACGGUGUCGGUGGACUCAGCUACGGCACCUACGGCGGUCUUGGCUACGGCGGUCUCCGCUACGGCGGGCUCGGCUACGGCGGGCUCGGCUACGGCACUGGAGUGGGCCAUGUCGUUAGCGGAGGUCUUGCUGCCGCCCCAGCCUAUGCUGUCGGACAUGCCGUCGGACAUGCCGUUGCAGCCCCAGCUGCAGUGUCCACCACCUAUCACCACGCUGCACCCGCGGCGGUGUCCUAUGCCGCUCCGGCUGUCUCCGUGGCUCGCCAGGUGGCUUACCAUGCCCCAGCUGUGACCAGCUAUGCGGCCCCAGCCGUGAGCUACGCCGCCCCAGCCGUUAGCUACGCCGCCCCAGCCGUCUCUGUAGCCCGCCAGGUUGCCUACCACGCUCCAGCUGUGGCCAGCUACGCCGCCCCCGCCGUCACCAGCUACGCCGUUUCUCGCCCAGCACUUGCCGUGGCCCGGCCAGCCUUUGCAGCCUACUCUGCACCCGCUGUGUCCUACGCCGCUCCAGCCGUCUCUGUAGCCCGCCAGGUUGCCUACCACGCUCCAGCCGUGGCCAGCUACGCCGCCCCAGCCGUCGCCAGCUACGCCGUUUCUCGCCCAGCACUUGCCGUGGCCCGCCCAGCCUUUGCAGCCUACUCUGCACCCGCUGUGUCCUACGCCGCUCCAGCCGUCUCUGUAGCUCGCCAGGUUGCCUACCAUGCCCCGGCCGUGACUAGCUACGCUGCCCCAGCCGUGAGCUACGCCGCUCCCGCCGUCUCUGUAGCCCGUCAGGUUGCCUACCACGCACCAGCUGUGGCCAGUUACGCCGCCCCCGCGGUGUCCUACGCCGCCGCUCCCGCCGUCUCCGUAGCCCGCCAGGUUGCCUACCACGCCCCAGCCGUGGCUAGCUACGCCGCCCCUGCUGUCUCCACCACAACCUACCACCACGGCGCCGCUGUCGCCCCCGCUGUUUCCGGACUCGGCCUCGGCUAUGGUCUCGGUGGCGUGAGCUACGGUCACGGUCUUGGAGGCCUGAGCUACGGCUAUGGAUCCGGUCUGAGCUACGGCCUUGGAUACCAUGGUACCGGCUACGGUCUUGGAACCGGCUACAGCCUCGGUGGCUACAACUACGGUCUUGGCGGCCACGCAUACGGUGUCUACAAGAAGAAGUAA